AUGUGCAAACAGCAAACCAUUGACAUCAAUUUCAAGGACGAGAUAAGCUAUGGAGAAGUCCUGACUUACUUUGAAAUACUAGCCGGCUGCGUUUUUGGCAAUAGUGGGCUGGGGAUGUGGUUUUUCUUUGUUGCUGAUGGGGCCCCCCGUGAAGAUGGCUGCUUCCCCUGCCUAAGUCUGAUCCUGCUUCAUUGGAGCCAGGGGUCAGCAGUUCAGGGCCAAGUAUGCCAAUUUGGACCCUGCCAAAUGGAGGGGGUAGUUCUCCAGGAAUUGUGGGAGGCCUUCCAGGCCAUGAAGGACAUUGUGGAAGCUCGGGGUAACAUCACAAGUGUCCAGCUGCUGUGGAAGAAGGUUCUGCAGAAGGCAGUUGAAUUCAGGAGCCUGAAGUCAUUCUCUAUUCUGGCCAAUAACUUUAUUGUCAUCAUGUCAAAACUGUAACCCACUCAGGAAAAUGGGAUGUUUCCCGUCAAUGAGAAUGCACACAGGCAGUUUCUACCAUGCCAGGGACCGUUUAAAUAGGUAAUCCAGGCCAUUCUGACCAACGCCUUCGGAGAAGUGGUCAUUCUCUUAACCUGGAUGAAGAAAUUCUCCCAGCUCUAA